AUGAGCCACGUACACUCAAUAGCAAAGGAAGGAUUCGGUCCCAACUCAAACUUGUACGAUGAGCAUCGUCCCAGCUAUUCAGAAGAAGCGGUAUCCGAGAUCAUUAGAAAUAUCCCCAAUAAGCCAGCUAGAGUGUUAGAAUUAGGAAGUGGAACCGGAAUUUUCACAAGAGCGCUUUUAAGUCAUACAACUACUGAGAUUCAAAGUUUGAUAGCAGCCGAACCGAGUGAAGACAUGAGAAAGACCUGUGCUGAUAGCUUAAACAAUGACAUUGUUAAAGGACGAGAAGUCGAAGUCAUUGAAGGCACUUUUGAACACAUAGAGGCAGAGGACGACUUAUUCGACAUCGUGAUCAUAGCUCAAGCUUAUCAUUGGUGUGCAGACUAUGACAAGUCUUUGAAAGAGCUCAAAAGAGUUAUGAAGCCUCACGGUAAACUAGCCCUUACGUGGAACAUGGAAGACAAAUAUAAUAAGAAAUGGGUUGCAAAUGCGAGAAACAUAUAUGAGAAGUAUGAUGUUGGCACACCGCAAUACAGAUUAGGGGAAUGGAAAGCUCUUUUUGAUACAGACGCUUACAGAUCUUAUUACAAAGGAGUUGAUUAUAACAAGUACCUUAGGCAUCUUCCACUAUCCUUACAAGGAUACAAAGAUAGGCAAAGCACGAAAUCUUUCAUCAACAUCCUUCCUAUCAAGGAAAAAGAGGAGCUGCUGGAACACCUUGCUCAAUUUAUAGCUUCUCAGCCUGAUGUUGACUGGAUUGAGAAAGACAAGGGUACAUUUUACAUUCCAUACUCAACAGACUUAUUCAUAAUCCAUCUCAAGUAG